AUGGAGCUCACACACGAGGUACAAUCGACACUCGAGAGGCCCCCGCUCACCGACCACAACAUGGUGAGGAAAUCCCUCAAAUCCCAGGCUGGGGUCCUCAAAGAAACCCGGUACAUAGGGACAUUAUUUCAAAAGCCCCAGAGCCAGAAAAUGGUGGCUGGCCCAGAUCUGAUAUCCAGUCCCCACAGCUCCGACCUGACUUCAGAGGGGCAGGGAAGCUCCCAUCAACCUCAACCGUCUCCGGAACUACGGGAUGAGGGGGAAGACCUAGCGCCUGCCACAAAACGGGAUAUCAGGCAGCUAAUAAGGGAGAUGAAGCAAAUGUUUGAUGCUGACAUGAACUUAGCUCGUGUCCCAAGAGUCCAGGCCUCAGAGGAAGAUAUCACUGAUACUCGACAAGCACUGGAAACAAUGGGAGAUACCCUACACCCGCUACAAUCCUCUGACCCUGCAUUCCAACUCAGACUGGAUAAUAUGGUAGACCGCAACCGGCGGAUGAACAUCAAAAUCCGUGAUAUACCAGACUCUAUAGGCCUGACAGAACUGUCUCAUUAUGGAGGUUAUCUGCUACACUGUUACCUCACACCUAGGCCAAGAAAUUGGAAUUUAACGGACACUUCAGAAUCAAUAAGGCUAAACAAGCACCGCCUGCAGCCCCGCGGGAUGUAA